AGGCUGCUGGAAUGUUCUAUGGGCCCGGCUGGGGGGUUUCACAGCGUGAGGUGGGGAUUGCGCCGCUGUGGUCCCACCCUCCGCAGCCCCCAGGGGAGGCAGAGGCAGGUGGGUGGCCGGGCCGUACGCCGCCGCAGCCUGAGGUAAACACCUGGGAGCCUCGCAGCCGCGUGGGGCCACGGCUGGGCCUGGGCCACGCCGCGCUGAGGCAGCCGCUGCCCCUCUCCUGGAGCCAGAGCACCCAGCGCCGCCAGCAGGGACGGGAGGCAGAUGGGUGAUUGGACAGCUGGUGCGCUGUUUCCUGUUUGGAUGCCAUGAAUUCCAGAAAAACACUUUCAGAAACAAGGAGAGGGUACACUGCUGGCAAAGCUUAUGCCACUGCACACUCAUGGCAGCUCCCACAAAUCCUCAUUGUGGAUGUCAAGCCACCCUUUUGGGCCAACACAUGUUCUAAACUUUGUGAAGCCCUGGAAAACUUCUUCUGUCUAGCAUGCAGUUUGGCAGGUCCCUGUCGCAUCUCAUUGCUGAGCCUAUAUGUGGUACAGAACCAGCACGAGUGCCUCCUUCCCUUUGUGAGCCCACACGGUAGCAGCUGUGUGCCUUGCUCCUGCUGGAUGCUGCCACCUCACUGUGUUGUGUAUGCGAAACAAGUAAAAGGGAGCUUUCCUCGGCUUCAGACCUGCAUUUCAGAACUUCGCUCCUUACCAAGAGAAGGCUCUUUCCAACAAAAGGGAGACAGAGUGAUGCAGGCUGUGCAGGAUGGGCUCCAGCAGUUUAAACAGUACACCAGACAUAUGCUAGCAGGAGGCUCAGUGAACAGUUCUGUUGAGAUUACAGUUUUGACUAGUCAGCCAGGCAAAGACAUGGUGAAACAACUGGAAACAGGGUUAAGAGAGAUAGACCUGGUGAGUCUGCGGAAACUGCAGAUCAUAGAGAUCUCACAAGGAGACUUGCUGGAGUCAGCGGAUGUGGAGUGGCACAUACAUGCUGAGGAAGAGGUCAGCAGUGAUGACAGUGCGAUCCUGGGGAUGGACAUUGACCUUCAGACCAUAGAGAAUGACGUUGUCAGCUUGGAGACGCUCUUUAAAACCUGGCUUCAUGAUCAUGGCACAGACAGAGAGCAGCUCCAUCUCCUCCUUCCUUCAGGAGACUUCCGUCACUUCACUGCCCCCAGGACAAGUCUAACAUGUGUGAAAUGUGAUAUUCAGGAGAGACUGCUUAGCCCAGCUCUGCUUCCCGGGGCAGCUGAUGUCACAGUGAGAACAGAUGAUGUCAACACACCAUACCAGAUGGCAGCCUCUCCAGCUACAACACUGUAUAAACUCAGAGUCAUAAAGGCUCUGAAGGCUGAAGGGGUUUGUGAGUCAGCGCUGUUUGGGCUUCCCUUCAUCAUUAAACCUACGAGUUGUUGGCAGCUGGAUUGGGAUGAGCUGGAGAUGAACCAGCACAACUUCCAUGCUCUAUGUCACAGCUUGCUGAAAAGGGACUGGAUGCUUUUGGCCAAACGUGAGCCACAGUGUGAGAGUCCAAGCUGGAGCAUCACAGUGAAUUCCUACUAUGUCAUCAUCCCCUCUGACUCCUUCACGCUGCUCGUCAAAGCCAUUGCAGUCAGAGAACUCCUGCUGCCAUGCAACGUCCCAGCCCUCCCUGCUGACCUUCCAGAGACAGCACUCAGCACCAUAGAGAGCGCCUUGAACAGUCUGGAAGUAGAACCUAGAUACAACCCCCUCGAUGUGAAAAGCAACCUCUACAAAUACCUGGUGAGCGAGUUCUCCAGACCCCAGUACCGGCAGCAGGCCCAGCCCAAGGAGCAUCGCUCAGGAGAGCGGCAUCACUCCAGACAGCACCUGAGCAAAGCCAAGGCCACGGUAGCUCCCCUUCCUCUGGCUCCCCCGCCGCCCAAAGCAUUCCGAUCAUCUGCUGCAAGGAAGGACGCCUGUGAGCUCCCUCUCUUCUCCGAUGAAGACAGUGAAUUCCUGGGGAGCGUGUAAUGACAAGGGCCUUUCUCUAUUACAAGCCCAAGUGUUGUGAGACACCCCCCCACACACACACACACCGUCCUACCCCAGCGCACAUGCACAGCAGACCCCACGCACACGUUCAUGUCACUAGGCACUCACAGCUCAGCCUGUUGCUGGCCCCAAUGCUUGCCAGGCACCACAUGUGCCAGCACAGGACAAGGUCAGGCAAGUGCUGGGCCUGCUUGGCCUUGCUGUGAAAGACGCUUCCCACCGUUCAGUUUCUUGUUGUUCUACAGUUUUGUUAGUUGCUGAGACAGUCCCCAGGGAGCCUGCUCCUCAUGGGCCCCUCUCUUGCCAUGACACCCAUUGCUACCCCACACCGCCCCCCCCCAUUCAUGUCAGUGCAGCACACCACGUGGCCUCAUUGGAUGGGUUCUGAGAACAAGCAUGCACAUGCUGGCAUAAUCCCGAAGCCCAAGGACCAGGAUUUGCAUGCUAAUGCAGGGACAAGAUCUUGGGGUGAGCGGUGACCACAGGCCUCCAUGCAAGGGCCUUGGCGCAUGCAGAGGUGCUAGCCAGAGGCAGCUUGGGGGCUACUCCCUGCACAGGCUGCAAUGCCGAGCAGCUGUAGCCCUGCCCGAGCAGGCUCCUUGAGCCGGGUUACAAGUUUUAUCUGAGGUCCCCUGAGUCCCAGGGCAGCCCCACACCUCCCCCCAGUGGCACACAGCCAAUUGCAGGUUACCCAACAUACCACCAUGAUCCCCAUGUCUUACACCAUGGUCCCCAGGAGUCAGCAGCAGAGACUGGCAGUGCCCUGGGCUAGAACCCCUGCUCCCACUCCAGCUGGGAAAGAUCCUUCUCUCUGUGCCCCUCUGAGUCCACUGGGGCUGGGCUGCAGAUGGACAGUGAUGGAACCACAGCUUACCGGUGGUCAGCUCCCUGCACAGAAUUCUGGCUCUGGGGCCAAAGGGAUGGCGUGGGAUUUCCCUGAGACCUUCUCCCCAGUACACAACUAGGGGGCUAGGUCCACCAGAAUUUCAGCUCAGGUGCCAGUUAGCAGUUCCCUGCAAAAGCAGAUACUGGGGAGAGAGUAACUCCCUGGCCUAGCCUGGAGUUGGCCAGAUCUUUGUGUUUAUUGGAUUUCAGGGUAGUUUCCAAUUAGGGCAUCACUGGGGUUCCUUGCAUGCCCGUCUGAGCACCCAGGAGCAGUCAGAGCGCUGUGUAUAGGCCAGAGCAAGUCUGAGCCGCCACACUUUUAUGGUUCAACAAUAAAAUUAUUUAGCAUGAUGACA